AGUGGAGAAACGCUAUGUGGAAAAGUACUGGAAAGAGGUGCGUGUUGGAGACUUUAUCAGGCUACGGUGUAAUGAGAUCCUGCCCGCCGACGUUCUGCUGCUGAGCUCCAGCGACCCGGACCGCCUGUGUCACAUUGAGACCGCUACGUUGGAUGGAGAGACCAACCUCAAGCAGAGGCAGGUCGUCCGAAGCUUCUUUGACCUGGACUGUGAAUUUGAUCCAGUAAAGUACAACAGCAUCAUCGAAUGUGAAAAACCCAACAAUGACCUGAACAGGUUUCGAGGCUACAUAAUUCAUCAAAGUGGCAGAAGAGAUGCACUUUACAAAGACAACCUGCUGCUGCGAGGAUGCACUAUCCGCAACACAGAGGAAGCUGUAGGAAUAGUAAUUUACGCAGGUCAUGAGACCAAAGCCAUGCUGAACAACAAUGGACCACGUUACAAGCGCAGUAAGCUGGAGAGACAAAUGAAUGUGGAUGUGUUCUGGUGUGUCGUCAUCCUGCUCGUUAUGUGCCUGUUUGCUGCCAUUGGUCACGGGCUGUGGAUGUUUCAGUAUGGCGAUAAGAGACCAGUGUUUGAUGUUCUAAGUCCUGAAGGGAAAGACUUAUCGCCAUUCAUGUCAGCCAUUUACCUCUUCCUCACUAUGAUCAUUGUCUUUCAGGUGCUGAUACCCAUCUCUCUUUUUGUGUCAAUUGAAAUUGUCAAAAUCUGCCAAGUGUACUUCAUACAUCAGGACUUGGACCUGUACGAUGAGGAGACAGACUCUCACCUGCAGUGCAGAGCACUUAAUAUCACUGAGGAUCUGGGCCAGAUGCAAUACAUCUUCUCUGACAAGACUGGCACACUGACUGAAAACAAGAUGGUGUUCCGGCGCUGCACUGUGGCAGGGGUGGAGUACUCCCAUGAUGCAAACGCUAGAAGAAUUGCCAUGUAUCAGGAAAUUGAUUCAGAGGAGGAGGAAUGUAUGUCUCGUGGUGGCACCCUGCCCAGACGGGACAGCAUAACCAGCCACCACAGUGCCCGUGUAGUGCUGCGCUCCCACAGCACCAAGUCUCACCGCAGGACCGGCAGCAGGGCGGAGGCCAAACGAGCCAGCAUUCUGUCAAAGCACACAGCCUUCAGCAGCCCUAUGGAGAAAGACGUCACCCCUGACCCUCAGCUCCUGGACAAGGUCAAUGAAUGUAGCAGUCAGAUGGACUUCAUGCGCUUCCACAGCCAGCCCAUGUCCCAGUUGCCCUCUGACCUCUCUGACAUCAUGGAUUUCUUCAUUGCUCUCACCAUCUGCAACACAGUGGUGGUGUCGUCCCCCAAUCAGCCCAGGCACAAGGUUCGUAUGAGGUUUGAACUGAAGUCUCCAGUGAAAACCAUCGAAGACUUCAUCAAGCGCUUCACCCCCAGCCGCCUGACCUCAGGCUCUAAUAGCAGCAGUUCCUCCAGUCUGAACCGCUCCUCCAACAAGGGAUGCUCCAGCCUUCUCUCCUCACCCUCAGCAGAGAGCACACUCACCAAGCUGAAUGAGGAGCAGCUUUCUGGAUGUUUGGAGCACACAUUCAACCUUGCCCCACCCUCCUAUGAGGGUAAGGCCUCCUGCAAUAUGGAGGAUGGAGAACUGCGCUAUGAAGCAGAGUCGCCUGAUGAAGCUGCGUUGGUCUACGCUGCCAGGGCCUACAAGUGUUCCCUUGUUGAGCGGCUUCCUGACCAGGUGACGGUGGACCUGCCUCACCUGGGAAAGCUGAGUUUUGAGCUACUGCACACAUUGGGCUUUGACUCUACCAGAAAACGUAUGUCUGUGGUGGUUCGACACCCGCUCACUGAUCAAAUCACUGUAUAUACCAAAGGAGCAGACUCCGUCAUCAUGGACCUCAUCAAACCUCCUGAUUCAGGCAACUCCAAAGGGAAACGUCAGAAAAAGAUCGUCUGCAGGACCCAGAACUACUUGAACCUGUAUGCUGCAGAUGGCCUUCGCACACUUUGCAUUGCAAGGAAGAUUUUAAGCAAGGAGGAAUACGCCUGCUGGCUGCAGCGUCACUUACAGGCUGAGACGGCCAUUCAGGGCAGAGAGGAGCUGCUGUACGAGUCAGCUUUAAGACUGGAGACAAACCUCCAUCUUUUGGGAGCAACUGGUAUUGAGGAUCGGUUGCAGGAUGGCGUCCCAGAAACGAUAGCUUCACUCCGGAAGGCCGGCUUGCAGAUAUGGGUGCUGACCGGAGACAAACAGGAAACAGCCGUCAACAUUGCGUACGCCUGCAAACUGCUGGACCCUGAGGAGGAGAUCCUGACGCUGAAUGCUGACUCUCAGGAGGCGUGUGCGCUGCUGCUGGAAGAGAGUUUACAUUACAUCCAGGCAAAAUUCCUCUGCAGCUCCGAAGUCCAGUCCACCAAAGCCUUCCACUCUAACUUUCCUCCUUUUGAGAUUUAUCCCUCCUCCUCUGCGUCGUCCUCACCCCCCCACACCGCUCCCUUUUUGGUGCACCGGCUGGGCCUGGUGAUUGAUGGGCGCACCUUGGCCUAUGCCCUGGACAAGAGUUUGGAGGAUAAGUUUCUGGCUGUCGCUCGGAGCUGCCGCUCGGUCCUGUGCUGCCGUUCCACGCCGCUGCAGAAGAGCAUGGUGGUCAAACUGGUGCGGAACAAGCUGAAGGUCAUGACCCUGGCCAUAGGUGAUGGGGCCAAUGAUGUCAGCAUGAUCCAGGUAGCAGACGUUGGCGUGGGGAUUUCAGGACAAGAGGGCAUGCAGGCGGUGAUGGCGAGUGACUUUGCCCUCCCACGUUUCCGGUAUCUCCAGAAGCUCCUCCUGGUGCAUGGACACUGGUGCUACUCUCGACUGGCGAACAUGAUCCUUUAUUUCUUCUACAAGAAUGCCAUGUUUGUAGCGCUCAUCUUCUGGUAUCAGUUCUACUGUGGCUUCUCUGGCUCAGCCAUGGUCGACCAGUGGUAUCUCAUCUUCUUCAACCUGAUGUUCUCUGCUUUCCCACAACUCGUCACUGGCACUCUGGACAAAGACGUGUCAGCAGAGACGCUCCAACAACUACCUCAUCUCUAUGUGAACGGACAAAACUCUGAGGAAUAUAAACCAUAUAUGUUCUGGAUGAACAUGAUCGAUGCCUUCUACCAAAGUCUGGUCUGCUUCUUCAUUCCCUACUUUGCCUACUCUGACUCAGACGUGGAUCUGUUUACUUGGGGAACUCCCAUCACUACCAUUGCUUUGCUCACCAUUCUGGUGCAUUUGGGCGUCGAGACCAAAACCUGGACCUGGAUGAACUGGCUGUCAAUCGCCUUCAGUGUAGCUUUAUUCCUCACUGUGGCUCUGUGCUACAACUCCUCCUGCCCCACCUGCUACUCACCCUCCAACCCCUACUGGACCAUGCAGAGGCUGCUGCAGGAGCCUCUCUUCUUCCUGCUGCUCACCGUUACUCCUGUGGCCGCCCUGCUGCCUCGAUAUUUGUACAGGGCGUGUCAAGGCACUCUGUUUCCAAACCCAGUGCAAGUUGGACGGCAGUUGGAUAAGCUCCCCGCCGACACCCGCAGGAACAUCCUCAGUCUGAGCAGGGUCAGGACGGGGGCGCCGCUCAGUCCCGAGCCUCCCUUCCUGUCCCUCAGCAAGCUUUCACCAAAGAGUUGCGUUAAUAAAGACCAGAAGAGCACCUCUGGCUCCAAAGCACCGCAGGCCAGACAGGCUCCUGCUGUACAAACAAAUGAAGAAAGGGGUCAGAGAAUAUCACCCACACACACUGAGAAAGACCUCACAGAUCUCUGCAGUGCAGCCCCUUCAGAGCUGAACACGCUCCCAUACACCAAAAAGGAUCCUCCGCUCUCAAGGGAGUCGCCACCUCCUUCCACCAAAGAAUCUGAAACUUUCAAGCUGUCAGCUCAGAGGUUUUUCAGCAGGAUUACUUCCACGCCUCUGGCCUCACAGGCAGACAGCAUUCAGCUGAACCUGCCCCCCGACGGAGCCUCGCAGUACGUCAAAUACUCCCGGAGCUCCGAGGAAGGACGUGGGUCUGAUCGUGCAACAGCUCACAGGACUGAGGGGGGGCGAGAACAGUCGCUACACACUGCCUUAUGA